AUGCAAAGAAAAACAAAGUUUCAAACAAGAAAUGUACGUGUCCACGGAUCAUUAUCACAACAAUCAAUUUUAAUGGAAACAUACAAUGACAUUACUAAAGUUCCACCAAAAAAAGAAACAUUACAAGAAAUUUUUAAUGGAGAAAAAGUAAAAUUUAUUAUUUCUGAUAAUUCUUCAAAUCAAUUAAUGAGAUUAAUUUGUUUUGAUGGAGAUGUUUUGAUUCCGAAGGAGAUUGUUAAUGAAAUAUUUCGAUCUGAAAGGGUGUAUGAAAAAAAUCCAUUUUUAAAUGUAGAAAAGAAAGUUGUUGUUAUGUUAAUUCAAGCAGUAUUAUUUAAUAGAAAAUAUAACUUUAAUGAGAUGAAAACAAGUGAAAUAAUUCAAUUUAUUUCAUCAUUACCAUUUGUUAAAAUUAUAAGAGAAAAAACUUUAAUUGGUUCAUUAGUUAGUUGUAUUGAACAAAAACAAUUAUAUUUUGAAGAAGAAAUUGAAAUGCAUAUGGUAAAAGGAUUAAUAGAAAUGAAUGAUAUUGAUAAAAUUAAAAUAGUUGCUAAGUCAUUUAAAACACCAACAGCAAUUAAAAAAAUAUAUUCAUUUUUAUAUACACUGAAUCAAAUUAAUAUUCCAUCAGUUUCUAAUGAACAUUUAUUUCUUAUUGGACAAAUGUCAAUUGAAAAAAAAGAUAUGAAAAUGUUUAGAGGAUUUAUAAAAGAACAAAAUGAAAGAAAAAUUUCUAGCUCAGGAAUUUUUUUAUGGAAAAUGUGGAAUAUAAAUGAAAGUUCAAUUCAACAAGGACUUUUUGAUUUAUUUAUUCAAACACUUCAAAUAUUUAAAAAUGAAGAAAAUGACAUGUACUUUUUAAUUACUAUUGAAGAAGUAAUUUUACAUGAAGAAUAUUUACCUUAUUUAUAUUCAAUUAUUAAUCAAGUAAUUCUUAUAUUAGAUACUCGUUGUACAAUAACAAAUUUAUAUCAUUGCAUUAAAAUUAUUUCUCAUUUUAGUGGUACUGAAAAGUCAAAUGAUUUAAUUAUUAAAAAUCACUGGUAUGAAUUAAUAAUAAAAAGAAUUACUGGAAAAUUAGAAUUGGCACCAAUUGCUCUUCCAUUAUUAAUUAAUAUUCUUUCUUCAUUUCAUUGUUGUCAAAAUCAACAAAUAGAUUUAAAUUCAUUUUAUAGUUCACGUCAAACUCAUCAAUUAUCAAAUUUACAAUCUCAAUCUCAAUGUUUAAUAAAUAAUUCACAUAUAGAAGAAGUUUUGUUAUGUUAUUUAACACAAUCAAAAGAUAACCCUUCAAUGAUAUUAUCUAUUCUUCAAGCUUUUGAUAUGGUUUUUCAUCAUAAAGCAGUAGAUAUUUCAUUUUCAAAUUUCAUUUUACCAGCAUUAAUUUCAUUAUGUGAUGUUUUUGAAAAUGAAAUACUAAUAAUUAAUCGUUCAUUAAAUCUGUUUUUCCAAGUUGAAUUAAAUCUUCAAUCAUCAAUUAGUGAAACAUUAUUACUUCAUUUAAAAGAUAUUGCAAUAAAAUAUAUAGAUCAAGGAGAUAUUAUUGAAAUUAUUUCUCGUAUAUUAUUUAUUUGUGUCAAACAAGAUAAUCAUAUAGCAACAAAUAACAAUAUUAUUUCAUUAAUUACAACAAUUUUAAAAACUUAUACAACUUCUCCACAAAUUAUUAUGUCAACAAUUAAAACUAUUUCAUUUCUAUGUAGUAGAAAUAUGUCCAGUAAUUAUUUUCAACAAGAAGGUACUUCACUUGAUGUUUCUAUUGCAUUAAAAAUGGCAUUAGAUGAUUUUGAUAAAUAUAAAGAUCAAGUGUUCUUUGAAAAUUUUGUUGAAGAAUGUAGUUUUAUUCUUGGAUUAACAGCUUCUUUAUGUGAAGACAUAGAUACUUUAGAAAAUUGGUUAUCCUUAGUAAAAGAUGUUAGUUCAUAUUUUCCUAAUUCUAUUAAAGCAAAAGAAAGUGGUAAUGUUAUUUCAGUUGAAAUUAAUGAAAGGUUACCUUCAAAUAUGACAAGGAACGAAAGGAAAAAUUCACAAUUGAUUCAUUCAUUAUUAAAACAAUCAGGUAACAAGUCUUCUGUUCAAAUUUUUAAAAUUAUUAACGAGAAUGUUCAACUUUUAAAUGAAGAAAUAACUAAAUUAGUAUCAGUAUGUAAUGAUUUUAUUUCAUCUAAAACACUUCAUAAAACAAUUUGUUUAAUUGCUCUUAUUAAUGCAUUAAAACAAACUGAUAUUGCUCAAAACUUAGCUUUAGAAUUAACUAAAACUAAAUUUCUUGAUCGUGCAAAUAAAAAUGAAGGUUCAGCAAGAUAUAAAAUACAUCUUUAUAUUCUUCAAUUAAUAAUUCAAUCAUAUUCCAAUUCUCUUUGUAUAGAACAAGAAUUAUUUGUUUUAUAUGAUUUAUUUAAAUCGGAUAGAACUAUUGAAGAAUUAUUAAAUAAAUCAAAGAACCUUACUUCAUUUUAUUCAAGUCUUCAAACAAUUAAAUCUCAAGAAUGUAUUAACUCAUUUUUAAUGUUAUUACCAUUCCAAUCUUUUUCUAAUAAGAGUCUUAUUGAUACAUAUUUAUCAUAUUAUAUUAAAUUAUUAAAUGUAAGUAUUGAAAGAGUUUUUUCAUCAGAAAAAAUAAAUGAAGAUCUUAUCUUAUCAUUUUUAUUAUGUGGAAUAAUCUUAGCACCUGCUUAUGUCUUAAUUUAUCAAAACCUUGUCAUUCAUCUUACUACAUUAAUCAUUGGUCGUUUACAACAAAAACAAGUAGUUCAAGAAGACAUAUUCUUAGUUUUAUCACUUCUUUCUCUUUCAUCUUCUUCAUAUGUAAAACAAUCAUUUAAAUCUCAUAAAGACCUUGAAUGUUUAUACAAUUUCUUCGAUGGUUGUCAUGAUUUAAGGUCUGUUGAAAUAGCAAAAAAAUUAAUUGAGAAAUUUUCAUCUUAG